AUGGAUCGCCUAGCUUCUGCCAAAAUACCAGCCUCCACGGCCAAUCCUUCUCUCUAUUCCUUCGCUGUUCCCUCUGUUGCAUACGGCAAGUCUGCAACAUGGUUCUAUACUACCAUCGCAAUCGUCAUUGCUCUUCUUGUCCUUGAACAGUCCGUCUAUCGCUUCAAGAAGCGCCAUCUUCCCAGCGACAAGUGGACAAUCCCCCUCAUCGGUAAAUUUGCAGACUCCAUGUCGCCAUCCAUGGAAUCCUACAAGAAACAAUGGAAUUCUGGUGCUCUUAGCGCGGUCAGCGUCUUCAAUAUCUUCAUCGUAAUGGCCUCCUCAAAUGAAUACGCACGCAAGAUUCUCAACUCCCCUUCCUUCGCAGAACCUGCCCUGGUUCAUGCUGGUAAACAAAUUCUUUCCCCUGAGAACUGGGUGUUCCUUACUGGGAAAGACCAUGUGCAAUAUAGACGUGGUUUGAAUGCUUUAUUCACUCGCAAGGCCCUUGGUAUCUACGUCGCCAUUCAGGAGAGCAUCACGCGCAAGCAUCUCAAAAACUGGCUUGCGGAGGCUGCGAAGACGGGUGCAGCUCAGCCCAUCAUGAUGACUGCCCGAGCCAUGAACAUGGAUACUUCCUUGCGCGUCUUCUGUGGAAAUCACAUCCCCGAGCACGCCGCUCGAGAAAUUAAUGAGAAAUACUGGGCAAUUACGCAAGCACUCGAACUCGUCAACUUCCCCCUAGCUUUGCCUGGAACCAAAGUUUACAAAGCGAUCCAAGCUCGUAAAGUUGCCAUGCGGUGGCUCGAACUCGCCGCCCAUAACAGCAAAAUCGCGAUGGCUAAUGGCGCUGAGCCGGAGUGCAUGCUGGACGAGUGGGUUCAAGUACUCGCCGACCCGACGUACAACUAUCGAAAAGAAUUUAGCGACCUCGAGAUGGCCAUGGUCGUAUUUUCGUUCUUGUUUGCAUCGCAAGAUGCCAUGUCCAGCGGUUUGAUCUAUGGUUUCCAACAUCUCGCUGAUCAUCCUGAGGUUAUGGCAAAGGUCAAAGAAGAGCAGGAGCGAGUUCGUCAGGGCGAUUACGAGCGAGCAUUGUCUCUUGAAACGCUGGCUCAAAUGCCUUAUCUUCAGGCUGUUGUCAAAGAAAGCAUGCGAGUACAACCUCCCGUUCUGAUGGUCCCGUACAAAGCUACCAAAGCCUUCCCCAUCACUGAUGAUUACACUGUUCCAGCCAACAGCAUGGUCAUCCCAUCCUUUUACAACUCUCUUCACGACAGCUCCGUUUACCCCGAUCCAGAGUCCUUUAACCCUGAGAGGUGGUUAGAUCCUCAGGGCCUGGCGAAUUCUAACCCAAAAAAUUAUCUCGUUUUUGGGAGUGGACCUCAUCGCUGCAUCGGCCUCGAAUACGCAACCAUGAACAUGACACUGGUGCUUGCUACUGCAUGUGCCAUGAUGGAUUGGGAACACGAGGUCACUCCUCUUAGCAACACUGUCGAGAUUAUUGCGACUUGCUUCCCUAAAGAUGGUUGUAAACUCAAACUUACACCGCGUAUCCAUUCAUAAGCAAAUAUGCUUAAUUAUAAAAUACGUUAAAAUACCCUAAUAUUUAUGAGAAGAGCACAAGCCCCAUUGACCAAGAUAAGGAGGAGGUAUAUAGAUCAUUGAAGUUAUCAUAAGUGCUAAAGAUUGCUUGCUAGAAUGAGUUAUUUACAGUCUGCGAACAAGUAGAGGAAGUGAACUGGCGGUU